AUGGCUCCUAGCGUUUUGAUGGUCGGUACUGGCGAAUACACCACCGGUUUCGUCGGCGGUGGUGCAUCAGGCUCAGACAAAAAGGUCGGUGUGGUAGGCCUCACUCUGUUUGACCUGCGCCGGCGAGGCAAAGUGGGCGACCUAAGCAUGGUUGGCGUGUCGGGCAACAAGUUCCCCGGUAUUCGAGAUCAUUUGCACCGCAAUAUCUCUCAAGUAUAUAACAAUCUCGAUACCUCGUUUACUUCGUUCCCAGCGGACGAUCAGACCGACCCCGACGCAUACAAGACCGCCAUUGAUGCCCUCCCCAAGGGAUCCGCCAUUACCAUCUUCACUCCCGACUCCACACAUUACCCCAUUGCUCUCUAUGCCAUUGAGCGCGGCCACCAUGUGCUCAUCACUAAGCCAGCAACUCAGCGGCUAGCCGACCACCUGUCCCUGGUGGAGGCUGCGCGCAAGAAUGGCGUUUUUGUCUUCAUCGAGCACCACAAGCGCUUUGACCCUGCAUACUCUGAUGCGCGGGCUAAGGCAAAGACCCUCGGUGAUUUCAAUUACUUCUAUAGCUACAUGAGCCAGCCUAAGAGCCAGCUUGAAACUUUCAAGGCCUGGGCUGGUCGUGAUUCUGAUAUUUCUUACUAUCUGAACUCUCACCAUGUUGAUAUCUGCGAGAGCAUGGUCCCAGAUUACAAGCCUGUGCGAGUCACAGCCACUGCAUCCCAAGGCACCGCCGCUGCACUUGGGUGUGUUCCCCAGACCGAGGAUACCAUCACUCUCCUAGUGGAGUGGCGCCGUCGUGAUGAUCCUGCGAAGAUUGCCACUGGUGUGUACACCGCUAGCUGGACAGCCCCUCAGAAUGCAGGUGUUCACUCCAACCAGUACUUCCAUUAUAUGGCUGCCAACGGCGAGAUCCGCGUUAACCAGGCCAAGCGUGGCUAUGAAGUGACUGGUGAUGACCAGGGUCUGAUUCAUUUCAACCCAUUCUACAUGCGCUACGCGCCCGAUGAAGAAGGAAACUUCAGUGGACAGACCGGAUACGGCUACAUCAGCUUCGAGAAGUUCAUCGAUGCCGUCACUGCUGUGAACGAGGGGCGCGUGACCCUCGACCAACUGGAUGCGCGCCCACUCCCUACUCUGCGCAAUACGAUCGCCACAACUGCGAUUCUGGAUGCAGGCCGCAAGUCGCUGGAUGAGAGGCGGCCCGUGGAGAUUGCUUCCGAGGGCGACAAGUGGGAGCUGAAGUAA